CUGUGAUAUCCCAACUGCCCAAAAUGUCCACCGCCUCUUCCACGCGGCGGCGGAUACAACAUUCCGCCAGAAUGAGGGAACAGAGGAGCCCCGCUCUCCGUUCAAUCGUCGUUGUCAAUCUUUCGACUCCUGGCAAUCGCACUCCCUUAUUAUCCUCUCCCUGCGCCGGAUGCUGAUGCCUUUCUUUUCUCGCUCACCUUCCCUCCGCCCUUCCACGACGACCCGCCCCUUCCUUUCCUUUGGCGACGAUGCCUAAUCUCUUCGCCAAAGUCUUCCUCCGUGAGGAUGGUUCGAAAGAUCCUCAUGGUAAUUUUCCCGCCAAACAGUUGUUCAUCUUGGCACUAUGUCGCCUCUGCGAGCCAAUCGCCUUUAUGUCGACAUUUCCCUACGCCUAUCGCAUGGUCGAGUCCUUCAACAUCACUCAAGAUGAGACACGCAUAUCGGUUUAUGCUGGCAUGCUUAUUACAGCCUUUGCCUUUGCCGAAUUCUCGACGGGGACGCUCUGGGGCUCAAUCAGCGACCGCGUUGGUCGAAAGCCAGUACUGAUAAUGGGUCUAUUUGGAACGGCACUGAGUAUGAUAUCCUUUGGCUUUGCCCGGUCAUUACCAGCAGCCAUCAUGGCAAGGGCGCUCGGUGGGCUCUUGAAUGGCAACUCCGGUGUCCUCCAGACCACGGUUGCAGAGUUGGUCACCAAGAAGGAGCAUCAGCCGCGAGCAUACUCCAUCAUGCCAUUUGUUUGGAGUGUGGGCUCAAUCAUUGGGCCAGCCAUGGGCGGAGCCUUGGCCAUGCCCUGCGAAUCUCAUCCGUCUCUAUUUCCAAGGGGCAGUCUCUGGGACACUUACCCCUUCCUAUUGCCUAAUAUUGUCUGCGUUACCAUACUUUGUGUCGGCAUCGGGUUCGGGAUUCUGUUCUUGGAAGAAACGCAUGUGCAGUUGAAGGGCCGCCGUGAUCUGGGGCUGGAACUCGGAAAGUUGUUGCUCAGGAAGCGCACAUCAAGACGGAAGGAUAUCUUUGGCUGCCCUGCUCGGGAAGAAACUCAAGGCUUCACUGGCGACGACCCACCGCCAGGCUACCGCAGCACCGAGAGCUCCCCUCUACUUAAGUCUACAUCAACGCUAGCCUUGGAUUCAGACCUUGCUCUGCUGCAGGAGAAGGAGAAGCUUGGCACGGUCAAGAAGUACAACAAGCAUGUGGUUCUCAUCAUACUGGGAUAUGCAAUCCUCGCCUACCACAGCGUGUCUUUCGAUGCCUUGAUGCCUACGUUCCUCAGCGAGGAACGUAUGCAGACCCAAUCUGUGCUACCGUUCAAAUUUUCCGGCGGCUUUGGACUCUCUACCCAGGCCAUUGGUUUCAUGCUGGCCGUUCAAGGCUGCUACGCAAUGUUUGCACAAAUAUGGUUGUUCCCUUUAAUCGUCCGAAGACUGGGGAACCUCCGCGCCUAUCGACUCGUUCUGACGAUAUGGCCGCUCCUUUACUUUGCCGUUCCUUACCUUGUGCUCCUACCCGAGCACCUGCAGAAAGUAGGCAUCUAUUUCUGCCUCAUGACGAAAAUGACGUUUCACGUAAUCUCCUUCCCCUCGAACGCCAUUCUUCUGGCCAACGCUGUGCCUUCGAAAUCAGUCCUGGGAAACAUCAAUGGAUCAGCUGCAUCAGCCGCCUGCUUUGCUCGUUCCUUUGGACCUAUUGUGACUGGAUCAAUACACUCAGCUGGGCUGAAACUUGGAUAUAACGGACUCGCAUGGUGGGCAUGCGGAGUCGUCUGUGCCAUUGGAGCUCUGGAAAGUUUCUGGAUGGAAGAAUCGGAGGGGCGACUGGAUCGUGCCUCGGAGGAAGAAGAGCAAAACAGCUGCGAACCCUUGUUGCAUUCCGCAGCCGUCGAGUCAACCGAAGAUUGCCCCCAACGAGCGGACCGUAUCCCCUUGAUUGACGAACUGGAUCUUACGAAGACAUUGAAAUCAGAUGUCGAUUUCGAAGUCAAGCAAUAAUUUUGCAGCUUCCACCAUUUCGGGUUUGAUAUGCGUUAUCAUCUUUCAACCACCCCUCAAACGUUACUCAUUGGCCACUCACCUUGAGUCCAACAUCGAAACCCCUGCAUUGGCUACAUUUUCUCCGGUCGUGCUGAACUCCCCUGUUUGCAAAAAGAACUUAUAAGCAGCGCGAGCUGCGACACCUGUAUUAUUGGAUCAUCUAGAGAGCAUUGGGACGUUACCCCCAAUCAGGAAAAGGGACUGGACAAGGAUGUUUGGAAAGGCGCAUUUGGAGGCAAUCUGUUGUUUUUGUAUUACGUUCGGGCAUCCUUUUCAUUUGUUCUGCAUCAUGCUUAUCUGCUGUUACAAUGAUGGGAGGUCUUUUGGUUCGAGAUACCUCGCGGAGGCUUUGUCCCCGGCUUGUUUGUGUUGCCAUUUGCCAGGCUUUUACUGGCAGGGGCGCUGUUGUAACUCUAGCUUGUACGUUAGGUGGGAAAUUUGGACGAAUCCAAUCCAGUACGAAUGCAUAAACGACGAGACAGAGACAGAGAGGUAUUGAGCGGUCAGGACGAUCCGCAUUCAACAUUGAUCUCAUUG